AUGAACAACAGCGUCAGGUGUAACCAAACCUGGCUGAGAAGCAAGCUGGUCACAGGUGGCUUCGGAUUCAUGGGUGAUGUCUCAAGCGUUUGUUUGAACGUUGUACUAGCCAAAUUCUGCUUGCUAGCAGAUCUGGUUGUGUGCUGGGAAUCAGGUCGGCGACCAGGUGGGCAGUUGGUGAGACAGCGAAGCAGUCUGUUGUGGAAUGGAAACCGAAAGGUCGGAACAAGAGCAACGUACAACUUUGUUAACACUCUGGAUUUUCUCCAGCUGAAGCACAAUGGAAAGCUUUUUGAAGCGGUUUUUGCAAGUUUCGUCAGUGAAGACAAAUGCAGCACACAGUUUGAUGCUUCCACUGGCCUGCGAUUGAUGGCGCCUGCAGGCAGUGCUUCUUCCAGCCCCGUCUGCACUUUAUUCUAA